AUGGGUACUGCAGAACUGUCAGAGACUGGAUUGGUUGUUGAGGACGGCUCGUCGGACAAGAUUUCGGUCACGACCCCGGAGUCCAGCUCACCUGUCUCUGUGCCGGAGCUGAAGUCUGCGUCCGUGGUCAGUGGCCGUCAGUCGAAGAAGGCCGCCCUGCGCCGAGAACGCGAGAAGAAGAAAGAGGCUAAGAACAUGAACGCAAGCUGCAAGUCGCUGAAGAUCAAGCCGGUUGAAGAAUGGCUCGCUGAGUUGGAGUUGGCGAAGGUGAAGAAGGAUCUGCUCGAGCACUUCUCCAAGACAAUCUGCUACGAGAUGAUGGUGCGCAUGGUGCUGCCGCUGAUGUUGUUCGUGGGCCUCGGGAUGCGAGUGGCGGACGGAGUUGGGAUCGAGCCAAGCGAACAACCCCCAGCGCCAAGCGGACAACCCCCAGCGCCAAGCGGACAACCCCCAGCGCCAAGCGGACAACCCCCAUCGCCCAGCGGACAGCCUCCAGCGCCCAGCGGACAGCCGACGUCGCCCGGAACAUCGGUGGCAACCGAAAUCACCGUUGAACCGACGGGCCCUAAUGGAAUCAAGUAUUGCGACGGGGACAAGAAGCUGCGUAGAUGCCCCUCGGCAAAGGAGGAGGACAAGCUCUGCGUGCCGGCGAACCUGCUGCUCGACCCGCUCGCCACAGAGUGCAAAAUGAGGCAGUGCGAUAAUUCGACCCGCUUUGCCCAUAUCAAUUGGGGCGGGACAGACUUUUGCGUCGACUUUCACCGCCUGGGCCCGGGCCUUUUGCCCAAUGAUUGGAUCUUUGCCGGUUGCGAAAAGCAUUUCGCUGACUGCGCGGUCAACGCGCCGGUGUGCCUCUCGGUUGCCCUGGGGCUCGGCUCUUUCCGCGAAAACGGCAUGUGCACCCACCAGGAGUGCAAAGAUGUGCCCGACCAUCAUUGGUGCCGCGACGGCACCAACGGGACCAAGUGCAUCCCCUACACGAAGAUCCAGGAGAUCCAGCAGCCAAUCCUGCCGAUGGAGAUCUGGAGCACGGAGAAAAAUGGCCUGGUCAAGCGCACCUUUGCCGACAAUUGCACCCUCACCCCCAAGGCCAUCGCCGAGGCCGCCGAGGAGGCCAGAGCCGCCGCGGCGGCUGCCGCGGACAAGGGGAUGAGCAAGGGCGCCGUCACGGGCCUCGUCUUCGGCAUCCUCGCCAUCAUCAUCAUCAUCAUUAUCAUCAUCCUGUUGCUCUUCUGCUGCUGCUGCAAGAAGAAGGAGUCCCAGACGAGCACCCAGUCGGAGAAGGAGUCUAACCGCCAAGCGCAAGCGUCCGACCGACCUGUCGGUGGCCCGGAGGCUGCUGGACUUGCCGCCGCCGGCGCCGCCACCGCCCAGUCGGAGAAGGAGACGACGCAGACGAAGAGCGACAAGGAGCGCAAGGAGGUGGCCGUUGAGAUGGAGCGCGGAGCGGCUCCGGCCCCGUCGGCCGUCGCCGAGCCCAAGCUGCCAGUGAAGACGCCCCGGGCGGCGGCGACCACCGUCAAGCCGAAGACCGUCAAGGCGGCGAAGACGCCCGCACAGAAGACAAAGAACGGCAUCGACUCGGCCUACUUCCUGCAGCAGGGCGGCGGCGUCAAGAGUCGCCGCUUCAAG